AUGGAGUAUUGGUAUGUCAGAGUAUAUUCUAACAAUUACAGUCAACCCAAGCUAGAAUUAUAUGGUUUGUUCAGAGCACUUCGUCAUUUUCACCUUUACAUUGCAGGAGUAAAACACUUGCAUGUAGAGGUGGAUGCCAAGUAUAUCAAAGGCAUGCUCAAUGAUCCAGAUCUUCAGCCUAAUGCCGCUAUCAAUCGUUGGAUUCAGGGCAUCCUUCUCUUUGAUUUCAAGCUCAUUCACAUACCUGCUGAUUGUCAUCGUGGUCCUGAUGCAUUAUCUCAUGGUCAACCAACAGAGGAAGACUUUGAAGAUGCUCAAGAAUCAGAUGAUUGGCUUGAUGAUAUCGCUCUUCUUGUUGAUCCUGCCAGACCUCUCCCAUAUCACCCUAUGUCACUCCCUUCGUUCCUUACCAGUGAUUCUUCUCAGUACAAUACUCUUUGUCGAAUCUUCCACUUUCUUCAAACUAUGGAGCUGCCUAUAUUUUCCUCUCUUCAAGCUUAA